CGAACGGUUUCUUUUCUUCUAGAAUCUAGCCAUUCUCAGUGUAUAUAUAGAACCCCGCAAACAGGGACAAAGCACACAGAGACGAAGACGAAGAAGAAAGAAGAGAAGCAUUUUACAGAGAGUGAAAUCAUGCUGUACAGUGGAUUAUCAACGCUUUCAGGAAGCGAUUCUCGCUUCUUCAACCUCCCAACACCAUUAAUUUCAACCACCAAAUCUUUCAAAUCCUCCUCCGUUCGACUUCCGGCGUCGUCGCGUUCUGUUUCAUUGAAAGUUAGGUCUCUGUCCGUUGCUGAGCCCUCUGGAUUUAGCUUCUACGAGCUUCUCGGCAUCUCCGAAUCCGGAUCCUUACCCGACAUCAAGCAGGCUUACAAGCAACUUGCCCGAAAGUACCAUCCGGAUGUGUCGCCGCCGGAUCGGGUCGACGAGUACACGAAGAUGUUCAUUAAGCUCCAUGAAGCUUAUGAGACCUUGUCUGAUCCUACAAAGAGAGCUAUGUACGAUAGAGGCAUGGACAGAGGGCUUGCUUACGCUACUUAUGGAAUCUACUUCGACGAAGAGAGGAUUCAACGGAAUAAAGAAUGGAGAGAACGUUGGGAAGCUCAACUAUCAAAGCUGAAGAACAGAACUACUAACAAAUAUGGCGAUAGGAGUCACUCAUGGGCUUCUCGAAUCCGUCGGGAGAACAAAGAAUCCUUAAACUAACUUUACAAUUAGUGUUAGCUGUAUUAGUUAAUGGCAUAUUCUGUUCUAGGAUAGUGCUGUGCUGUAUAGGGUAAUUUCUUAGUUCUUUGUUUUAAUUUCAAUUUUAAGGUUAUUGUAAUAUAUUUUAGUAGUGAAAUGAAUUUCUAACCUUUCUUCAAA